AUGGGUCGUCGUUCUGUUAAUACCACAAAAAGUGGGAAGUAUAUGAAUCCCACUGAUCAGGCUCGUAAGGAAGCCAGAAAGAAGGAAUUAAAGAAGAACAAAAAACAGCGUAUGGCCGUACGCCAGGCCGUUUUGAAAGCGAAGGACGCUACUCAGCUUCUGGAGGAGGCGUCUAUGUAUGACAAGCAAGAGUACGAUCCAAAUGUACAGGCUUCGUUAAAUGAGAGAGUGCUUCAAGAAAAGCGCAAGCGUGUGCUGGAUACUUUUGACAGACUUGUUGUCUUAUACCGAAAAGAUGACCCGGAGUACGCUGCACGCCUUCAAGCCGCCCGAACAGAAUAUGACAAACGCCGUCACGAGAUGAUGCUUUUUUACGAGCAAGUGAAGCUCGCGGAGCGUGUGAAAGCUAGUGAAAUUCCGCUGCCAGAUCUUCCACCUAUGCAGGGUAUCACUGCUCCAGAUGUUCCCCCGCCCCUGAUCAACUUCCUGGUCCCCCUCCAGGGCUUCCGCCUGCCGGCCGCAAGCCGCCUGGCCCUCCGCCUCUUCCCGUCCCUGAUCUCUCCGACAGCGACUCCGAAGAGCCUGCUGACACGCUUCGUCCACGGAAAAUCAGAUUUGCUGACGGCGUGA